AUGACCGCUAUUUCAACUUCAACAAUUCUCUCUCGAAACAGAAGUGAACUUAGAAGCUUAUGUUAUGAACUUCAGGAUUAUGUUACGAUGCGAAAGUAUAUGGUCGCUGCCGAAGUAACUGAAUCUUCCGAUGAUGUUACAAAAUGGUUUGAAAGACAGCAGAAUCCGGAUAUGGGUAGACAUUACACGAGAAUUCUACAAAAUAUCCGGUCAUCAAAAGAAAGAAUAAUGGCGUAUCUGAAUGAAGUCGAUAUUCGUCUAGAAACCUUAGUGAAGAGUCUGAAUGAAUUGUAUGAUGAUCAUGUCAUUGAGCUCAGUCGUCGAGCAGAAAUACGAACAUAUCUUGACAGUGUCAGACGUACGUUGGACACCUAUGAAGUGACAAAGACGAUUGAUCUAUCCGGCUAUUAUCCAACUUACUAUCUUAAUUUUUACUUGGCAACAUGGAUUACACCACCGUAUUAUCUAAUUGCAACACCAUUGUUCAAAGGUACAACAACUAAAAACGUUCGUUUCGAUACUCAGCCGGAUUACAGAGUGGAAAAUUACAAUAAACAACUAUACCAAACUGGUUCCGGCAUUGAAACACCAACACAAAUCAAUUACGAAUCUGACUAUGUGCCAUCCUUGAGCGUUGCUAUCAGAUUUCACUGUGCCGCCAAACGGGGCUACGGCUUAAUUCCACGAGAAGAUGUCAACAACGAUAAUUAUGUUCAUCGAACUGCUGGUAACAAUAACUAUCAGAGUAGAUGCUUGCGAAACGUUAAUCAUGAUACGAAGGUCAGAGUUAAUGUUGUGCAAGAUGGAAAAGACUGUGACACUGUCUAUAUAACAUGGUCAGACAAUGGCAGUACAUAA